AUGUUCCUGUUGCUGAUAUUAAUAUCGUUCCUUUUGCUGGUUGUGUAUAAGGAAUUUAAAUAUUCUGGAGUUCGUAAACAAAUCGCCCACACCAAGGGUCCACCAAUGCUGCCCUUUAUCGGCAAUGCUCAUCAGUUGGGAAAAUCUCCAACAGCUACCGUCCAUUUCAUGUUUGAAAAUUUUUAUAAAUAUGGUAAUUUUCGGGCCUGGAUUGGUUACUAUCUAUACCUCAUUAUAUCCGAACCGGAAGAUGUGGAGUACGUCUUAGCCAGCACCGAUUUAAUUGGCAAAUCCGAUGUCUACGACAUGAUGCACCCCUGGCUGGGUGAUGGCCUGCUGACGAGCAAAGGCAGCAAAUGGCAUAAACAUCGUAAAAUGAUCACCCCAUCAUUUCAUUUUAAAAUUUUACAAGAUUUCCAUGAGGUUAUGAAUACGAAUUCCAGUAAAUUUAUUGAAAAGUUGAGAGAGGUGUCUCAGGGUGAUAACAUAUUUGAUUUUCAGGGAAUGGUUAAUUAUUUGACAUUGGAUGUUAUUUGUGAUACCGCCAUGGGUGUUAACAUCAAUGCCAUGGAUAAUCCCCAUACCGAAUUUGCCAAGGCUGUGGAAUUUAUCUGUUUGAACAUCAACAUGCGAGCCUUUAAUCCAUUGAAGCGGAAACAUGUCACCUAUCAGUUUUUCCCCGACUUCAAGGAGUAUUGUAGGGCCCUGAAGGUUUUAAAGGAAUUUACCUAUGAUGUUAUCCAAAAACGCAUGGAUCUCCGUAAGCGAGAGGAAGAAGAAGCAGCCAAACGUAAAAUAAGCACCGACAAAUUUGAUGGGGAUUUCAAAAAACCCAAAAUGGCAUUCUUGGAUACUUUGCUUUCCUCCACGGUUGAUGGUCGUCCCUUAACGAUACAAGAAGUUUACGAAGAAGUCUCCACAUUUAUGUUCGAAGGACAUGAUACAACAACCUCGGCUUUGUCCUUUAUUACAUAUCUCCUCUCACGCCACCUGGGAGUACAAAGAAAAGUCUACGAGGAGCAGCGGGCAAUAAUGGGCGAAGAUAUGAAACGUAAUGCCACCUUCCAGGAGAUAAAUGAUAUGAAAUACUUAGAUAUGGUUAUCAAGGAGUCACUGCGUCUAUAUCCCAGUGUACCCAUUGUGGGUAGGCUAACGGAUAAGGAAUAUAAUAUGAAUGGCAAAAUCAUACCCCCUGAUACCUCAACCAUGGUCUUCAUUAUGGCCUUGGGUUAUAAUGAGAAAACCUUUCCCGAUCCCUAUCGUUUUGAUCCGGAACGUUUCUCCACCGCCAAGUAUAAUGAUGACAAACAUAAUCCCUUCGAUUAUGUGCCGUUCAGCGCCGGGCCACGUAAUUGUAUUGGUCAAAAAUUUGCUAUUCUAGAAAUAAAGACGGCCAUAUCAAAAAUCGUCCGACAUUUUGAAAUUUUACCAGCUCUGGAUGAGUUGGAAUCGAAAGAUGGCUAUGUGAGCAAUUAUCUUGGUCCGAAUAGAGAAAAACGGCCACAGCUACAUAAAUAUGAACCACGAUUGGCAAUGGUUAUAACCUUGAAAUCGGAUAAUGGUAUUAUGCUGAGAAUGAGAGAGAGGAAAUGA